AUGGCGCCGAGGGAGGCCGCGGCGGACCUGCGCCCAGUGGGCCACACGGUGCUGCGGCAGCGGGGCGUCCCGAAGGCGGCGGCUUCUGGAGGACUGGGCCCCGGGUCCGCUCCCCCGACCCCCCCACCCCGCGCCUCCAGGGCUACCCGAACCCGCGGCCGCGCUGUCUCCGCCCUCCAGCUCCCGGGGCUGGGGGUCACACAGCGGCCCGCGGCGCCCUCAGCCCGACGGGCGCGGCUCGGGCGCGUCCCAGCUGCUCCGUCCAGCCCUCGCCGGUCACCUCGCGGGCUCGGCCGAUCCCCCACCGCCGUGACGAACGAUUUCCCGCAAACGUCUGGGGCGCCCCAGUUCGAAAACGAUACUGCCCAGGCGGGAGCCCCUCGCCAGGAGCCAAGGCCUUCGCGCAGGAGAGGGGCUCCCUUUGGUAGAAGCUGCACAGACGCGGGGCGGCCAAUGAACAGUGCCCCUGAUGUUGACAAAGCUCAGGGUGACCAGGAAGCUCGGGUGUAGACAACUUUCAGGACUCCUGUAUUUGGAAGCUGGAAGGGACCAGACAUUGAAGCAUUGUCUUGUUUUCACUGUUUUAUUUUUAAUUAAAGCUAUAUACAGCUGUGGAUUAAACAGAAUAAAUCUAUAAAUUUAAAAAUAAAGAAAAGGGGCAAAAAUUGUUUAUUUGGGUUUCAAAGCUAAGCGGAGCACAGGUUCAGGCUAGAAAUACAAACCCCCUCACUAGAAAAAAUGAGGUGACCUUGACAUUAACUCACAACGCUGCUGCUCUGCCCUUGCCUGCAUGAAUAGCAGGAGGCCAUGUUUCAUCCUAAAAUGUUUUUCUGUAACCACAAUGGAAUUCUUAAGACUUUUUAAAAAUUACUCUUCCCCUGCCAUGGAGCAAGGAGGUAUAAUUUUUCCAAUGGAGUUUUCAUCAGCUUCUGUUACUGGUCCUGAUAAUGAUAGGGAGUUGAGUAUAUUAUAGAAAAUGUGAAGAGUAGAAUAAAAUAGGAUGAAUAGUAUCAAAAAGUACUCUUAUGACUUAGCAUGUUUCCUUCCUAGUUUUUCCCCAAUAUUUUCAAUUGUGAAACAGAAUGCCUGUGUAGAAGGUAGGUAGUAGCUUGAGAAUUAUAAAAUGAGCUUCCAUUAAAUAGGUCAAGGAAUAUAGUCACAUCAUAUUAUCUUCAUCCAUAAGAAAGCCCCUCUAUAGCUGUCACUAAUUUUUUUCUUUGCUCUUCACCACAUAUUCUAGGUAUGUAUCACUGCAUGGAUCAUUAAAAUAUGAUUUUAAUUUUGUUAGCUGUUUAAUAUUUAAAUUACUCACGUUUCUGUCUUGGAUGUCACUCAACAGUAUGAAGGCAAGAGUAGUCCACAUUUUGGAUGCAGCGAGACUGUUUGUUCUCACUGCUGUCUAACAGGCCACUCGAUGCAGUUGUUUACAUUGUGUUCUGCUCACACAUAAGGGGUUAGGAGAGGACGUUUCAUUAAUAUUUUCCUUCUGUGGUGGAAUGACAUCAGUGCUAGAAUUUUCCACUUUCAACAUUUAACACUAAUAUAAGUACUUCCCACAUCACUAAAAACUGUUUAGUGUUACUGUAUCUAGUUUUGCAUUUAAUUUUGUAUAUAU